AUGUUCAACAGCGGCAACAUUCGACGACAAAUCGGAAUCGUCAAAAAACGCCUCCUCCAACAAUGCGAAUUAAUUCAACAGCUCCUCCUGGACUACAACGUACAAAAGAAGCAACCAGUCUUCGAACAACUCAGCAACGACGAAAUCGCAGAGUUCAGACGCGACCUCACAGAGGCUCACUUUCAACUUCACCGCUCUUAUUCAAAGAUUCAACAACUACACGACAGCUGGUCCGAUGCACGAAAUGCCGAUCGAAAAGAAGAAGAGGUCUACGCUGACUACAUCAACAAAUACGGCGACUAUACGAAAGCUGUACAAGAAGCGGUCACCUCAUUGGAAAACGCCGACGAAAUCCUCAAUGCUGUCGAUGCCGAGUUCAUGAAGCGCCAUCUACCGAUUCCUGCCGACAGAGAAGACAACACUUCAAUUCUACAAAAGGCCUCUGCAGAUCUUCACAACAACAGCAAUCUCAAAGUCGAAACAGAUUCGAGAACAAAUCCACAUCACCGUGACCAGACCAUUGGACAAGCUGCUGCAACGAUGAAUUUCGUAGACGCCUCAAUACUCAGUCGAUUGGAUCUGCCAACAUUCGAUGGGAAUUUGCUCGAGUAUGCAGAAUUUUUCGCCAGAUUCCGUGCGCUCAUCGGAGACAAGAAGCAACUGGAUGACGCAACGAAGUUUUCCCUACUGAAAUCGUGCCUAAAAGGACGAGCCCUGCAAUCAAUUCAAGGAUUGGCACUCACCGGACAAAACUACCACAUUGCAUUGGACAUUCUCAAAUCAAGGUACGACGACAAAGUAACAACUCGACAUAUACUCUUCAGCCAACUCGCUAACCUCCCAUCGUGUGAUCCAGAAGGAAAACAUCUACAAUCUCUGUACAACAAAAUGUUCUCUUUGACACGUCAAUUCUGCUCAUAUGAGGAUGACUCGAAGGAGAUAGCCCUCGGUGCAAUCUUGCUCAACAAACUCCCUCGAUAUGUGCGCAGCAAAAUCUACGACAGAACUGGCAACACACACAACCUUGCUCCAAGUGAACUUCUCGACGUGCUGACAGACAUCGUUCACAAGGAAUCAACGCUUCAAGAAAUCGACUUCCACUGCAAACGAUUCCAUCAACAACACGAAGAAGGAUACGUUGGCGUACAGAAACAGCAAAAACGAUCCACUCCAUUCAAUCCGUCGAAUCGAUCAUCAAGUGAAACAAGAAGUUCUCCAAACAAGAGGACCAAAUUCCGAAAGUGCUCAUUCUGUGAGUCGAUUCAGCAUAACACUUUUACUUGCACUAAAUUCAUCACCCCUCAGCAACGAGCGCAAGUCGUAAGGGACAAAAGGUUAUGCUUCAACUGCCUGUCAAGUAAACAUCGCACUCGAGAAUGUCUUUCGAAUAGAUGCUGCCAGAAUUGUGCGAAACGGCAUCAUACGUCUAUCUGCAAUCUACCAAAGCGCCAAGAACCGGGACGGCCUUCGCGUCUACCAGUGCACGACAAGACUACACAACGACAGGAGCGCAAAAGCCAGGUACAUUUCGUCGAUGAUUCAAUGCAAGACGCGAUCGACAAAGAUAGUAACAUUAAACUUCAAAGAAACAGCGACGUAGUGGCAGCAUUACAUGACUCAAGAAUUCCGUCAGCAAAACAAGUGUUGAUGAUGUGCACCGAAGUCAAUGUAUUCAAUCCGUCGAAUCCGAGCAAAUCUACCAAGACGAUGGCAUUUUUGGACAGUGGAUCAAGCAAGAGCUACAUUACCACCGACCUUGCAAAGUUUCUCGAACUACCAGAAGAUGAGAAAGGAGAGAUCUCAAUGUACACAUUUGGUACAUCGGAGGCAACACCAUUUCCCGUAACGCUUCAUACAAUUGGAAUGUACACAAGUAAAGGAAGGCGUUUCCUAGAUGUUCGAGCCCUUCGAACACUCACGAAAGAAUUGCAAACCAUCACCUUCACUGAUGAAUCAAUCGACGAAUUGCAAUGGACUACAAUCUCAAGGAAACCCUCUCUGUUGAUCGGCUCAGAUUACUUCUGGGAAAUUCUACUUUCAGAAGAAUUCUACGUCAAAAAUCUAUCAAACGGAUACCACCUCGUCCACUCUUCAAUUGGAGAUAUUGUAACAGGAAAGCCACUACCAACACUGAAGAAUUCCGAUUAUUGUUACAACUCAUUGCCCAUGAGCAACGAAACGCUGGACACACUUGUGCACCGCUUCUGGGAUCUGGAAACUGAAGGGGUUGUUGACAGCCCUCGCACAGCCGAAGACGAUGAGUGCCUGAGGAAGCAGUCUAAGAGACUCUUCCAAAAGGCAGGAAUGAAUCUUCGCCAAUACUGCAGUAAUUCCAGAGAACUGAAUGAAUUCUUCACAGAAGAAGAAAAAUCAGUUCCUCCCAAUAACAACAAAAUUCUAGGAAUUUCGUGGAACAUGACAGAAGACACGCUGUCCAUACAACUACCAACGAUUCCAGCAGAAGAAUCCAACUGGACAAAACGAAAAGUCCUAAAAGCAAUCGCCAGCACAUACGAUCCACUUGGUUUGUGUUCUCCUGCACUUUUUUCCAGCAAAGUCUUCCUGCAAUCAUUGUGGAAGGAGUGCCUCUCUUGGGACCAAACCCUGCCAAGUGAACUGAUGGAGAACUGGAAAACCAUCACCUCGAAGUGGACAAGCACAACAUUCACUAUCCCACGACAAGUAACUACAGGUACCAAAUCAUCACUCUUCGAAAUACAUGUCUUCUCAGACGCUUCUGUAGCCGGAUACUGCGCAGUAGCCUAUAUAGUGGAGAUUUCUGAGACACGAAAGUCAUCACUACUCAUGUCCAAAACUCGACUCGCUCCACUGAAAGACACAAAUGGAUCUCAACUUCUUAAGCACAUCAGCAAGAAUUUGGACAUGGAAGUAACGAAGACGAUCAUUUGGUCAGAUAGCAGUGUUGCCCUCACAUGGAUUAAAACAGGAAAGGAUCUCCCGCUGUUUAUUCGCAAUCGUGUGAAAUCUAUCCGAGAAAAUGCACCGGACACAAAGUUACGCUACGUACCAAGUAAAGAUAAUCCGGCUGAUGUGGGCAGUAGAGGAGCAAACGCAGAUGAUCUACAAAACUUCCAACUAUGGUGGAAAGGCCCAGACUUUCUAUCUCAGCCUGAGAAUAUGUGGCCAGUUGACAUUACAUCCGAUCCUGCUGUACAUGCGUUGUCCGAUCCUGCUGUACAUGCGUUGCAUGCGGAAGAAGAAAAGCGAUCACCCUGCCUAAUCGACACUACUCGUUUUAGCACAUGGAAGAGGUUAGUUCGCACGAUGUACACUAUCCUUCUGUUCCUCACGAAGAAAUCAGCAAAAGCACGUCAAGUCUUUGGACAAUCCCCAUCAAUGCUAUUCGACAAAGCAGCAGCCAUAUUGUUUCGCUUUGCACAGGAGGAAAACCCACCUUCUUCCACACUGAAGAAGCAACUACAGCUUUACAAAUGUAAUACUCUGUGGAGAUCAAAAGGACGAAUUUCGAACGCAGAUCUGCCGCAGGAGACGACAACUCCAAUUUUCCUUCCACGGAAAAACUACGUAACAUCGCUUUAUAUACUUCACAUUCAUCAAGAAAAUCAUCACAGUGGAGUGAAUCAAACAUUGUGCGAAGUACGACGUAACGUAUGGAUACCAAAAGGUCGGACAACAGUCAAGCGAGUCAUCAAUAACUCAUGUUAUCAUUGCAAACGGUACAAGGCUCGACCAUUCAUGCUCCCGGAAUUUCCAGCACAUCCGGAAAGAAGAGUAAGAAAACCACAAUACCCAUUCGAAAAUUGUGGGAUGGAUUCCACAGGACCGCUAUUUUUAAAAAACGACGAGAACACCAAUUUAAAAUACUGGAUCAUUCUGCUCACCUACUCUUUGAGUUGCUCCAUAGUUGAGAUGCGAGUUAUCAAGUCUGUGAUGGCAACCGAUAAUAACUGCAUCUGCGCUUGCUGA